AGCAGGCGGAGAAGUAUCGAGGGAACAGCAAGGAAGAGGGCGGAUAGCACGCCUCACCUUUUCCGGGACGGGUUCUGCAGUACACCUCUCUCUCUCUCUUCAACACGCCGCAGUAUUGACGGCGUUCUCUUUUGGUGUUGUUAGUAUCCCUAUUGUGACUAUUAUUAUUUCCCAACGUUAGCCAGGACAAAUACACAUAUAUAUAUAUAUAUAUACUUACCUUCACAAUGUUGAGUCUCCUGCUGGAGCUUUUCGUCAGUGUCGUGCUGUGCGGCGCGCUCGUCUUCUUCGCCUUUCUCAACGCCCCUGUGGAAGCCGGCACCGGCAGCGACGACGAAGGCACCGCCAGCGCAGUCGACGGCGCCUACGAGCUCGCCCUUCUGCCGCCGCAGGACCUCCCGCUCUUCACGGUGCUCUCCAGGUACGUGGCGCUGGGCGAGGACACCGUGUGCGGCACCGCCUACCGCUGGCUGCUCAUGAGCGCACUGCACUACGCCGCGCGGGAGGUCUACAGCGACGAGCACCUGCGCGAGUGGGGCGGCAGCGGCGACGGCGUCGGGGAGACGGAAGUCGAGCGCGGUGCAAGUAGCGAGGAGAAGAGCAACAGCGGUAGUGGCAGUACGGUAGAGGUGGCAGCUCAGCAGCGUCGCUCGCGGAGGCGGCACCGUCGCGGCGGCCCGCCCACCUCCACCGCAGCCCCCAUGCCGCUGCGCUACGAGAGCGCGCACUGGGUCAAUGUCUUGCUGCGUUGGGCCGCCUUCCUCUCCCUCGGCGGGGGCACCGUGACGCCGGACGUGUGGACCGACCACCUGCUCUUUUACACGGAGCGGGGACUCGCGGCGGUGAACGACGGCUACGCCAAAAAGAUGCGAGUGCGGGCGGCACAGACGCGCGUGGUUGCCAGUCAACUGGCUGAUGCACAGCAGCAGCAAAGAGAGAGCUCGCCGCUGGCUUUUCAUGCGCCGCAGCAGCGCCUCCCGUCCUCCUCCGCCAACGCCGCUGCUGCCUCACCGUUUACCGCGUCCAAAUCGGUGGUGCGGGUGGAGUUGCUCGAGCUGGGCGCCGGGCUACUGGGCGGUCCUGCGCGGGAGGUGCGUCGUCCGCAGCUGAGCACCGGAGAUGGGCUCUUCCACGGAGUGGGCAGGGGACCCUCUGGAGGGCCGGACGCGUCUGGUCAGCCCGGAAGCUUUUCUCCGUCUCUCUCAGCCAGUCCUACAGCCACAGGAGGCGGGGUCGGUGCAGGUCCAUCAGCCGCCGCCGUGAACGCCAACAACCACGCUAAUGUUUGCGCCACGGGCAGCACCAACUCCAACAGCCCACCGCUGUCCAGUACCCACUCGACACCGACGCCGAACGCGCAACCGCCGCCGCUUCACACCUCCGCGGGUGUCCUUCUCUCCAGCUCCAUGGCGGGCAUCAGCAGCGCGCUUGCGGAUGUUGUGUCGUCCGCCACGACGGGAAAUGCAGGCAGCACGAACCGCAGCUCCGGGGUUGGUGGCGGCGAGGGUGGCGUUGGUGGGAGCGGCGGCGACUACGCCACUGCAUGUGGGAGUGGCACUGGGCUGACGAUGGCAGGUGCGGGGGCGCAGCUCGGGGUUGUCCUGCCGCGCGUGGAGGGCGAUGUGAUAUCUGUGGAGCAGCCCUACACCAGCGAGGCCACCGCCACCUUCUCCUCUGCUGCUGCUGCCGGGGCAGAGUCCUCUUCUACCAACGUGAAGGCCAACGCCAGUUCGAACAGCAGUCAUCGGUCACUGCCGCCUCCCCCGUUGACGCCGCUUCGCUGCUUCGCUGUUCCGCUGCUUUACGAGGACCAGCGCUUCCAUCUGCGCCUGGGCUGCUGCCUCCCGCUGGGCGCGCUGCUCCCGGUGUCGCUAUGCGUGCCGCCAGACGUCCUCACGCUCGACUGCGCCGUGGCCGUGCGCCGAGUCAUCUUCAACGGGCACCUCUACGCCGCCCUGCACGGGCCCCGCGUGGAGCUGAGCUUCCCGGUCGCGCCGCAGUUCACUGCCGUGGUGGAGGUGAUGCCGGACUACGCCGGUGGUCUCCGGGAGGCACACAUCGGCAACAGCAGUGGUGGGUCCUACAGUGGUCUCCGUAGUGGCGGUGGUGGGGGAAUGCCGCCACUGUCGUCCGUGGUGGGGGCAGCACGCACACUUGGCCACACCUUCACUGCCGUCAACACGACGCGUAACGAGACGACCGCCAUGCGAGAAGGCGGCGGCGGCGGUCUCCGCAGAAAGGAGCCGAGUCCGCCAGCCCGGCCACCGCUGCCACCCUUCACGCUGUACCCAACCGGCUGUCACCUGAACAGUGGCGGCUGUGGUCUACACGCGACGACGACGACGACGGCGCCAACGACCGGCACGUCGAGCAUCAACGAACGGAACGAGAAUGUGCAGGAGGUGGUGCUGCUGGCGGUGCGACGGCUUAUUCAGUCCCUCACCUAUCCCAAUGUGCUGGCAGGUGAGCUCGUGUGUGCACCAGGAGGUUAUGGGAAUGACGAUAAUGGUGGUGGUGAUGGCAGCCCUGCGGGCAGUGCGCUGUCGAUGCGGUGGAAGCGCACCUCGGCGAGUCUGCCGCUACGCAUGUGA